UUUACAAUUGGAAACAAGCAAAGUUUAGACGACGUCAAUCCUAAAUUUACAAUGAGAAGAGAAAUGGAACGAGUAAGGGAAGAAAUGGAACAGUUAGAGCAACUCAGAAGGAUCAUUGAAAGUCGUCUUAAAGUGACGUUACCUGAUGACUUACCGGCAGCAUUAAUGGAUGGUGUUGUCCUAUGUCAUUUAGCAAAUCAUGUCAGACCACAUGCUAUAUCAAGUAUACAUGUGCCUUCACCAGCAGUGCCUAAAUUAUCAUUAGCUAAAUGUAGAAGAAAUGUUGAAAGCUUUGUUGAUGCCUGUCGGAGAAUAGGAGUAACUGAGGAGAAAAUUUGCACUGUGGCAGAUAUACUGGAUGAAAAGAGCCCGUUACGUGUUGGUAGAACUGUGCAACAUCUCAUGACUAAAACAUAUAAACAAACAUCUGCUGUAUGAUACAGGCCAGUAUGCUGACUGAGCUGGCCAGGACUAUGCUGACUGUGCUGAGCAGGACUACACUGCCUGAGCUAGGGAGAACUAUACCGACUGCUGGGCAGGACUGCGCUGACUGAGCUGGGCAGGACUACGCUGACUGAGCUGGGCAGGACUGCGCUGACUGAGCUGGGCAGAACUACGCUGACUGAGCUGGGCAGGACUACGCUGACUGAGCUGGGCUCACAUCACAUAAUAAAUUGCCUUGUUGCCAAUUUUUGAUGGUCAGCAAUAUACUUUACCCAGUAUGCAUUGCAGAUGGAAGUGAUUUGAACACUGGAAAUAUUGACUGUUGUAAGCUGCUUUUAAAGUGAUGAACUUCAUUUUUUCAUUAUUUAUUUACCAAACACAUUUGUAUAUGUCCAAUUUAUUGAAUACACAAUAGAAAAUAAUUAGUAUGCAAUAGUCACCCAGGGUGGUGAAUGUGCAUAAUUUUGAAUGCAUUGUGGUUUGUAUUAAACAUAUAUUCAGCCUGACAACACAUGUUGGCUAUGCCAGACUUUUUGAAUACACGUCUGUGUUUUCUAUUCACUGAGAUUCAGUUAUGCUCCUUUUUUUUA